AUGCACGUCCGCAUCAGCAGAGACUACAUACGGACAUUGGGAUACAAUGCAUCGGAUUUGCAUCUCAAUCAAUCAGACUCUUCCUGUACACCUGAAAUUACUUCCGACUACGUUUACUUCCCAAUACCGUUGUAUGGUUGUGGCACAGAAAGACAACAGGAGAGUAAUGACACCACGAUCGAUUAUUCCAAUGUCAUCAUAGCAUCUGCCUCUGGUCAUAUCAUUACAAGGGAACGAGACUUUGAAUUUCAUGUUUCAUGUAAAAUGAAUAAGGACAUUGUUGUUGAAGCAAAAUGUCCAAAAGAUUCUACCUAUCGAUUUCUGAAUUCGCCAAGUGACAAGACUGCUCGCUUCACAUUCAAGGCCUUCAAGUUUCUUUGGAGACACAGCACAGUUUACUUGAAAUGCUGGCUUGAAAUGCAGACAUGCAUGCAUGGAGCUUCUUAUAAGCUGCUAGUGAAAGCUAUUGAAAAACUGUUGCAAAAGAGUGUAUUAAAGAUAGCAUACAUAUUUAGGACUAAACCAAAUGCCAAGUAUGCAGACAGUGCAGAUGUUCCCUUGAGAUUGGUCAAUGGAUCAAACAAAUGUGAAGGUCGACUUGAAGUAUAUCACGAUGGAAGGUGGGGAACCGUCUGUGAUGAUGCUUGGGACAUAGAUAAUGCACGUGUUGUAUGCAGGCAUCUGAAUUGUGGACAAGCUCACUCUGCUCAAAUCGGUGCCCAUUUUGGCCAAGGCUCAGGUGACAUUUUCCUAGAUAAUGUAGAGUGCAUAGGGAAUGAAUCCUCUUUUGCUCAGUGCUCACAUCGUGGAUGGAAAAUCCAUAACUGUGAUCAUAAAGAAGAUGCUGGUGUUACAUGCUCAGGUGACACAGGACAGAAAGGUUCUGUUCCAUCAGAAGGUUCUUUGCGACUAGUGAAUGGAACCAACAGAUGCACAGGUCGUGUUGAAAUAUAUCACAAUGGCACAUGGGGAACAGUCUGUGAUGAUGGCUGGAGCAUAAACAAUGCACAGGUCGUGUGCCAACAGCUUGGAUGUGGAUCGGCGCUAUCAGCACCUGGAAAUGCUCGUUAUGGUCCAGGUUCAGGCUCUAUUGCCUUGGAUGAUGUUCAGUGCAGGGGAAACGAGCCCUCCUUGUCUCAGUGCCCUCACGCACCUUGGGGCAGACAUAACUGUGGUCAUCAUGAAGAUGCUGGUGUCACCUGUGAAGUUCCAUCUGAAGGUUCUUUGCGACUAGUGAAUGGAACCAACAGAUGCACAGGUCGUGUUGAAAUAUAUCACAAUGGCACAUGGGGAACAGUCUGUGAUGAUGGCUGGAGCAUAAACAAUGCACAGGUCGUGUGCCAACAGCUUGGAUGUGGAUCGGCGCUAUCAGCACCUGGAAAUGCUCGUUAUGGUCCAGGUUCAGGCUCUAUUGCCUUGGAUGAUGUUCAGUGCAGGGGAAACGAAUCCUCCUUGUCUCAGUGCCCUCAUGCACCUUGGGGCAGACAUAACUGCGGUCAUCAUGAAGAUGCUGGUGUUAUCUGUGAAGGUAUGGCUAUACAACAACCAUUUCUUUUGUAACUUCAGUUAUGUUCUUUACGACUAGUGAAUGGAGCCAACAGAUGUGCAGGUCGUGUUGAAGUAUAUCACAAUGGCACAUGGGGAACAGUCUGUGAUGAUGGCUGGAGCAUAAACAAUGCACAGGUCGUGUGCCAACAGCUUGGAUGUGGAUCGGCGCUAUCAGCACCUGGAAAUGCUCAUUAUGGUCCAGGUCCAGGCCCUAUUUUCUUGGAUGAUGUUAAUUGCAGGGGAAACGAGCCCUCCUUGUCUCAGUGCCCUCAUGCACCUUGGGGCAGACAUGACUGCGGCCAUCAUGAAGAUGCUGGUGUCACCUGUGAAGGUAUGCUGCCGUUACGAUUAACCAAUGGGAGGAACAGAUGUGAGGGUCGCCUCGAACUAUAUUAUGCUGGCAGCUGGGGAACAGUUUGCGAUGAUUUCUGGGACAUAAAUGGAGCGCAGGUUGUAUGCAAACAGCUUGGAUGUGGACCAGCAAUUUCAGCACCUGGAAGUGCCCAUUUUGGUCAAGGCCCUGGCAAUAUUAUCCUGGAUGAUGUUCAGUGCAAUGGAUCUGAAGACUCCUUGCUGAAAUGCAAUCAUGCCCCAUGGAGGACACACAACUGCAUUCAUAGUGAAGAUGCCAGUGUCAUCUGUGCAGGUAUUCCCAAAGUAACUUUCUUGCGGCUAGUUAAUGGACCCCACCAAUGUGAAGGUCGCGUUGAAGUAUAUCGUGAUGGGAGUUGGGGAACAGUUUGUGACGACGGCUGGGCUAUGAAUGAUGCAAAGGUUGUAUGCAGGCAGCUUGGAUGCGGACCAGCAAUUUCAGCACCUGGAAAUGCCCGCUUUGGUCGGGGCUCAGGCAGUAUUUGGCUGGAUAAUGUUCAGUGCAAUGGGACUGAAGAUGCCCUGGAUCAGUGCAAUCAUGCCCCUUGGGGCACAAACAACUGUAUUCAUAGCGAAGAUGCUGGUGUCGUCUGUGAAGCCAUUCCAGAACCUCCCCCACUAGUGCGACUAGCUAAUGGAGCCAACAGAUGCCAAGGUCGUGUUGAAGUCUAUCAUGAAGGCAGAUGGGGAACAGUCUGUGAUGAUCACUGGAGUAUUACCAAUGCGCAGGUUGUGUGCAAAGAGCUUCGAUGUGGACCAGCACAAUCAGCGCCUGGAAUAGCCCAUUUUGGUCAAGGUUCAGGCCAUAUAACCUUGGAUGAUGUUCAGUGCAAGGGAAAUGAAUCGUCCUUGUCUCAGUGCCUUCACGCACCUUGGGGCACACAUGACUGUAGUCAUUAUGAAGAUGCUGGUGUCAUCUGCUCAGGUAUUACAGAACCUCUGUCUUCCUUGAGACUAGUCAAUGGAACCAACAGAUGUGAGGGUCGUGUUGAAGUAUACCAUAAUGGCACAUGGGGAACAGUCUGUGAUGAUGACUGGGACAUGAAGGCUGCACAAGUGGUAUGCCAACAGCUUGGAUGUGGACGGGCACAAUCAGCACCUGGAAAUGCCCGUUUUGGUCAAGGCACCAGCAAAAUUAUUUUGGAUGAUGUUAGGUGCAGGGGACAUGAAUCUACCUUGUCUCAGUGCCCUCAUGCACCUUGGGGCACACAUAACUGUCAUCAUUAUGAGGAUGCCAGUGUCAUCUGCUCAGAUCUUUCCAACGAGGAUCACUUCAAACAUGGGAUAGGCAGUCCAUCUAUUGAAAACUGCUUCCCUAUGAGGAUGAAGUAUGCAGAAAGCAUGAGUUCCCAAAUAUUCUUCUUUUGGAUGCUUUUAAUAUAUCCUGCUCUUCUUCAUAAAUCAGGUGCGCAGCAAAUUCGUCUUGUGAAUGGAUGGAACAGAUGUGCCGGGAGAGUAGAGGUUUUUCAUGAAGGAGACUGGGGUACAAUUUGUGAUGACCACUUUGGUCUGAAUGAGUCACAAGUAGUAUGUAAUCAACUUGGUUGUGGAGUCCCAACAACUGUGCUGGGAUGGUCUUAUUUUGGACCAGGCUCGGGAUCCAUCUUGCUGGACAACGUAAAAUGUGAUGGAGACGAAUCCUUCAUAUGGAACUGUUCUCACUCUGCCUGGUAUGAAAAUAAUUGUGGACACAAUGAAGAUAUCAGUGUCAUCUGCUCAGAAGCUGGACCUGAGCCAACAGGUUCAGACUACAUGGAAACAACCCCAUCAAACUCAGAGUUAAACACAGUUAACUUGACAUCAUCUGCCACCUCUACAGUAAUUGGAUCCUCCACGAUGUAUACCAUUGAACCACCUACAAGUGCUCCUGCAGCUACCUCUCCAUCAUCUACACAGAGGAGUGAUACAACUGCAAGACCCUCAUCCAUAAGACUGGCAGAUGGAAAUGGGAACUGUGAAGGCCGUGUUGAAGUCUACCACAAUGGAAGCUGGGGAACCAUCUGUGAUGAUUCUUGGGACAUGCGUGAGGCUUGGGUUGUAUGCAGACAGCUGAACUGUGGAGAGGCCCUUUCCUCUCCCGGAGGAGCCAGAAAUGGUGAAGGCUCUGGUAGAAUUUACCUGGAUGAAUUGCAGUGCCGGGGAAAUGAAACANCUCUUGAAGAGUGUUCCCACAAUGGAUGGGGAGUCCAUGAUUGUAGCCACAAGGAGGAUGCCAGUGUCAACUGUUCGGGAAUUCCAUCCACUACAGAGAAUCCUGUUUCCUCUGCACCAACACCUUUACCUGAAACAACAGUGACCAUUACUUCAGCCACCUUAGUUACUACAUCAACACAAACUACAGCAGCUCCUGCAGUUACUACUGAAACAUCUUCAGAUCCUGUUACAUUGACAUGUGAACCAGAAAAGAUGGUGGCAGUUAUUAGUAAAUCAUAUAUUCAUUCAAAAGGCUGUUCUCCAAAGGAUUUGCGUUUAAAUAACCAGUACUUUAGGUAUCAGCUGACAGAACACAAUGCUGUCGUCUCAGUCCCAUAUAAAGCCCAGGGGACAAGAGCAGAGAGAACUGGGGAUAUUAUCAACUAUAUGAACACUAUCAGCUGCUCUGGAAUCAGUAAUGGGAUUAGGAGAACAGUUCUGAUCCGCUGUAUCUGCAAAAUAAACCAACAGACAACAAAAGAAGAAACUCACAUAGUUGAUGAGUCUGACUCCACAGGAAAGGACCAGAUGCCAAAUGGACAAAUGAAAAUGGACUUUUUUUUCUACUCGCAUCCAUCUUCGCACCAAAUUCGUAAUGCGCCCUACUAUGUUAAUGUGAAUCAGAAGGCAGAUAUCCAAGUCACUCUGACUGUGUAUUCUACACUUUGGGUGUUAUCGCCACGUAUUUGUGUAGCUUAUCCUAAAGCAAAUGGCUUCAAAACUAAUGCACAUUAUAUGAUAAAGGAUGGGUGUCCAUGUGAACCUACGUUCAACUAUUAUUAUUUAGGAAACAGAAGAACUGUGCAGUUCAGAUUUAAAUCAUACACCUCUGACUCCAAACCUAUAGCUUCCAUGAAAUGCUGGGUUCUGGUGUGCCGCAAAAAUGAUUUGAACUCCGAAUGCUACCGGGGCUGCCAACGUAGGCAUAAGAGAGAAGCAAGCUCUGAUUCUGAACAUGGGCAAGUUCUUGGGCCAUUUAAGCUUGAGACUGCUGAUUUUCUAAAACCAGGAAGAACCGAAUGUGGUGGACUUCUGAGUCAGCCUAACAAAGCCUUGCCAAUUGAAGUCAAUGCAAAUGAGACCUGCACGUGGUAUAUAGAAAAAGAUGUGGAUCAAAAUAUCCGGCUAAUCUUCUCUUAUUUCCAAUUUAAUCCCUUAUCAACCUGUGACAGAGAAAAUAUUGUAAUAUAUGAUGGUCCUUCAACUAACUCAUCUAUUCUUGGACAAGUAUGCAAUAAUCAUGAGUCUGUUCCUGUAUUUGAGUCAUCCUCAAAUGCUUUAACAUUUCGCUUAUCAACUGACUCCACAGCUUUCAAAAGGACUGUCUUCGCAUUUUAUUAUUUCAUUUCAUCUGAAUCAGCCUCAAUUGAAAACUGUGGGGGCAGACUUCACAGCCCAGAUGGGUCCUUCACCAGUCCUAACUACCCCAGGUCACACCCACCAUUUGCCUAUUGUGUCUGGCACAUACAGACAGAAGCAAAUACCAGGAUAAAUUUAACAUUCAGUGACAUUUUCCUAGAAAUGGAUGAAAACUGCAGAUUUGACUUUGUUGCCAUCUAUGAUGGCGCAACGACAAACUCUGGCUUAAUCAAACAAGUAUGCGGCCUUAUCAAGCCAACAUUUGAGUCUUCUUCCAACUUUAUGACUGUUGUGCUGUCUACAGAUUAUGCCAAUUCUUACAGGGGCUUUUCUGCUCACUACACAAGUAUAUCAGUACCAACACCACAGCCCAACACAUCUCUCACAUGUUCUUCAGACAUGAUCACAGUCACCCUCAGCAAGUCUUAUUUGGAUUUACUUGGCUAUAAUGAAAAUGACUUGGCGCUGAAUGAUCCUGCUUGCAGGCCUAAUGCCUCAAACCCAGUGAUGUUUUCGUUUCCAUUCAACAGCUGUGGCACGAUUAAAGAGAGCCAAAAUCACACCAUUUCUUAUACCAACACCAUCACAGCAUCUCCAGCAGGUGAUGUGAUCACCCGCCAAAAGCGUGUUGAGAUUAUUGUGAAAUGUAUAAUGGAAAACAAUUCAACUGUAGAAGUCAUGUACAUAACAGAAAAGGAUGUCGCACAGAACACAACUGCUCUGGGUAGAUACAACCUCAGCAUGUCUUUCUAUGAGUCUGAUUCAUUCUCCAGUCCCAUACCCAGUUCUCCAUACUACGUAGACUUGAACCAAACUCUCUAUGCACAAGUCAGUCUGCAUUCCAGUGAUGCUGAUUUGUUAGUGUUUGUGGACACAUGCAUAGCAUCACCAAACUCUGAUUUUGGAUCACCAAACUACGAUUUAGUCAGAAGUGGCUGUGCCAAAGAUAACACAUACGUGGCCUACCCAGUCCUUGAACAUUAUGGGAGGUUCAGGUUCAGUUCCUUCAGAUUCCUGCGGAGCCAUCCAUCUGUUUACAUCCACUGUGAAGUUUUAAUUUGUGACAGCAACGAUUCUAAUUCUCGCUGCACUAAAAACUGCAUCUCUCGCCAUAAAAGAGAGAUUUCGUCCUACAAAUGGAAAGGGGAAGCAAUGGUGGGACCUCUCAGACUGAAAAGAGAUCACAGUUCUGUAGAUCGCUCAGGUUCUUCUGCUCAAGUACAUCCUGAAAAAAGCCAGGACGGGCAGGCCAACGGCCUGUAUAUCCUUACCUCUCUUGCGUUGGUAACAAAUGCUGUCCUUCUGGUUGCUCUGGCAGCAAAGCAUUUCAUCAGCCGGCAACAAGGAUACAGAUAUCAGAAACUGCAAAGCUAUUAA